AUGUCUCCGCAACUGUGCAGGCGCGGGUCCCGGUGGCACCGGUCCCGGAGGCGCUGCGGCCGCCGCUGUCGGUGCUCGUCCUUCGUGCUCGACCUCCCCUCCACCAUGCUCCGCCCGGGCGCGCUGCGGCUGCGGGGUCUCGUGCUGCGGGGCUCCCCCGGGCGCCCAAGCUCCACCGGCCGCCGGGAAGGAAAGGAAGUCCCACCCUCCCCCCCAGAAUGGAAGGACACGGCAGAGACAGUGAUCAUUGGAGGCGGCUGUGUGGGCGUGAGUCUGGCUUAUCAUCUGGCCAAGGCCGGCAUGAAAGACGUGGUCCUGCUGGAGAAAUCGGAGCUCACAGCUGGCUCUACCUGGCACGCAGCAGGCUUAACAACUUACUUUCACCCCGGGAUAAACUUGAAGAAGAUACACUAUGACAGCAUCAAACUUUACGAGAAGCUGGAAGAAGAAACCGGACAGGUGGUGGGAUUCCAUCAACCAGGUAGUAUCAGACUUGCUACAACACCUGUAAGGGUAGAUGAAUUUAAAUAUCAAAUGACGCGGACCAACUGGCAUGCCACAGAACAGUAUAUUAUUGAGCCCGAAAAAAUCCAAGAGAUGUUCCCUUUACUCAACAUGAACAAGAUUUUAGCUGGACUGUAUAAUCCAGGAGAUGGUCACAUUGAUCCUUACUCAAUGACAAUGGCCCUGGCUGCUGGGGCUAGGAAAUACGGGGCCCUUCUAAAGUAUCCCGCACCAGUGACAUCUCUGAAGCCCAGGCCAGAUGGGACAUGGGAUGUGGAAACUCCACAAGGGUCUGUGAGAGCAAAUAGAAUUGUGAAUGCUGCCGGAUUUUGGGCUCGUGAAGUAGGCAAAAUGAUUGGACUAGAGCAUCCUCUCAUCCCUGUACAACAUCAAUACGUGGUCACAUCAACAAUACCGGAAGUGAAAGCUUUGAAACGAGAGCUCCCAGUACUCCGUGACCUGGAAGGAUCCUACUACCUCCGACAGGAAAGGGACGGCCUUUUGUUUGGCCCGUACGAAAGUCAGGAGAAGAUGAAACUCCAGGCCUCCUGGGUCACUCACGGAGUCCCUCCAGGCUUUGGGAAGGAGCUUUUUGAAUCUGACCUGGACCGGAUCACGGACCACCUGGAAGCUGCCAUGGAAAUGGUUCCUGUUUUGAAAAAGGCGGACAUCAUCAACAUCGUCAACGGCCCUAUCACCUACUCUCCCGACAUCCUGCCCAUGGUGGGGCCCCAUCAAGGGGUCAGAAACUACUGGGUGGCCGUAGGCUUCGGCUACGGCAUAAUCCAUGCUGGUGGGGUAGGGAAGUACCUCAGUGACUGGAUCCUGCAUGGAGAACCCCCUUUCGACCUGAUAGAACUGGACCCCAACCGCUAUGGCAAGUGGACCACGGCGCAGUACACGGAGGCCAAAGCCAGAGAAUCGUACGGCUUCAACAACAUUGUGGGUUAUCCUAAAGAAGAGCGGUUUGCCGGGAGGCCAACCCAAAGGGUCAGUGGACUCUACAAGACCCUGGCGUCCAAGUGUUCCAUGGGCUUCCAUGCAGGCUGGGAACAGCCACACUGGUUCUACAAACCCGGCCAGGACACUCAGUACAGGCCAAGUUUCCGCCGCACAAACUGGUUUGAGCCAGUAGGUUCUGAGUAUAAACAGGUUAUGCAAAGAGUUGGUGUAAUUGACCUGUCUCCAUUUGGCAAGUUCAACAUCAAAGGCCAAGAUUCCAUCCGACUUCUGGACCAUCUCUUUGCAAAUGUCAUUCCAAAGGUGGGGUUUACAAACAUAAGUCACAUGUUGACGCCCAAAGGUCGAGUGUACGCUGAGCUGACUGUUUCGCACCAAUCUCUGGGGGAGUUCCUGUUGAUUACCGGCUCUGGAUCGGAACUUCACGAUCUUAGAUGGAUUGAAGAAGCAGCUGUCAGAGGUGGAUAUAAUGUUGAAAUUCGAAACAUAACUGAUGAUCUCGGGGUCCUGGGAGUGGCAGGGCCGUAUGCGAGGCGUGUCCUUCAGAAGCUGACCUCAGAAGACCUCAGCGAUGAUGCUUUCAAGUUUCUUCAAACCAAGACUUUAAAGAUGUCUGACAUUCCUGUCACUGCUAUAAGGAUCUCUUAUACUGGUGAGCUGGGGUGGGAGCUGUACCACAGACGAGAAGACUCCGCAGCGCUAUAUGAACUCAUCAUGAACGCAGGCCAGGAGGAGAGGAUCGACAAUUUUGGAACAUAUGCCCUAAAUGCCUUAAGACUGGAGAAAGCUUUCCGAGCCUGGGGAUCAGAGAUGAACUGUGAUACAAACCCCUUGGAAGCUGGACUGGAAUAUUUUGUCAAGCUGAAUAAGCCCGCAGACUUCGUCGGGAAGCAAGCGCUGAGGCGGAUCAAAGCCGAGGGGCUGAAACGGAGACUCGUCUGCCUCACCUUGGCAACGGAGGAUGUGGAUCCGGAGGGAAAUGAAAGCAUUUGGUACAAGGGCAAGGUGGUCGGCAACACCACGUCCGGAAGCUAUAGUUACAGCAUCCAGAAGAGCCUGGCCUUUGCUUAUGUCCCUGUAGAGCUCAGUGACGUGGGGCAGCAGGUGGAGGUUGAACUGCUGGGGAAGAAUUACACAGCAACCAUCAUCCAAGAGCCCCUGGUGCUCACAGAACCUGCCAGAACCAGGCUUCAGAAGGACGGUAGGAAGUGAACAUUUGAGUAGGAGCC